AUGCGAUCACGUCUUGAUAUAGGGAUAGGCAAGUACCGCGGCCUGAUUCCGGAACCUGAUUUCUUUUAUCCUGCUUCCUUUGUUUUUGUAUUUUGCCAUAUUAUUUACAAUAGGUACUUCCUUACGUGUGUCAGAGGCCGAACAGCUAGACACACUGACGUUUUGCUAUCGAUACGCCGCCACCUUCUCGACAAGGCGCUAUCGCCCAGCUUGGCUAAUCUCCGUGUCCCCCACUGA